AUCCUCUCUCCUCCUCCUCCUCCUCCUCCUCCUCCUCCUCCUCCUCGUACUACUCCUCCGUAUUCCCAUCUUAAAGUUGUUCCCUCAGACGUUACGUGGUUCUCAGUAUUCCUCUAUGGGAGAAAAUCACCGUGUUCAUCAGGACGGAGGGGAUCUUCCUUCUUCUCCUCCUCCUCCUCCUACUCCUCCUACUACUACUCGUUCUCCUCCUUCCCCUUCUUUGUCUUCGUCUAGGUCUCGUCGCCAGUUAUCCUCUUCAAGAUCACCGACUUCCCCGCCAUCGCCUCCCUCUCCUCCUGUCUCUCCCUCAUCAGGUAGGACCCUGCGCGUUGCGGCUCUUCAGUUGUCGUCAACACAUGAAGACGUGGUGCAGAACCUCCACCAUGCCCUCCGCUUCAUGCGCGAGGCUGCAGCGCAAGGGGCCAAGCUGAUACUGAUGCCUGAGUUGUACCCUACGCAGGGGCUGGGUGGCGCUAAGGUGUGGGAGGCGGGGGAAUUUCUCCACAGCGGCCCAACGAGAGAGAUCGUCUCUGACACCGCCAAGUCGCUGGAGGCCUACAUUGGAACGUCCUUCGCUGAGAUUCGAGGUGACCAUUUCUAUAACACGUUCGUCCUCACCGACCCGUCGGGGGAAAUCGCCGGCGUGGUGCGCAAGGAGAAUCCUUCUAGCGUGGAGUCUUUUUUCUUCAACGGCGCUUCACACUCCGAUCAGACAAAUAAGUAUGGCCACGUCAUCGACACGCCCAUUGGCAGGAUCGGCGUUGGACUGUCCAAUGAGAAUUCACUCGGCUCAAUGGCGGAGCAAAUGCUGAGAGGAAAUGCGGAGAUCCUGUUGAUGCCUCAUUCUACGGCUCUCCUUGUGCCAUCGUUUCUUAUUUCCAAGAAAUCCUGUGAGCAAUUUUGCGAGACCCUGAGGUCCUACCCUAGGGCUUAUGCGCGGACGCUCUCCAUUCCUGUCGUUAUGUGCAACAUGGCAGGCAAGUGCCAACGGGACAGCGCCGUUAACGGAGGCUCUCCAGCCUCAAUCUUUGCUGGGCAGUCGCAGAUCGUUGAUGCCCGGGGGAGAAUCCUUGAAUCGCUGGACAUGGAGGAAGAUAGAAUAAUUGUGGCGGAUGUCGUUCUUCCAUCAAGACCAUUCCGGGAAGUAGACGAAGCGCAGCCGACCAACGAUGGAAACACAAACAGGUUCUCAGCACUGACUGAUGCUGAGGGAGGUGGCGGGCAAGGGCAGCAAGAACAAAAGGGGCAGGCGGACGAGCAUUCACAAACGAAGGCAAGCCUGGCAAUGGUAGGAGGACAAAACACGAAAGGGGAUGGGGACGAGGCACAACAGACGAGCCUGGAAAAGGCACGGAAACAGAAAACGAAAGGGAACGAGGUAGUGCAGCUAGAAGCGCUGGCGGCCGGCGGGGGUCCAACGGACCCGUAUGGAGGGACCUUUGGGCCCCUUCUAGAGGGUGAGGAAAAUCCGAUCGCCCUCCCCGACAGCGGGGACACAGGCUACACGAUCCCCCAUAUCUCGGAGUGGAUCAUGAAGGGGCUGAGGCAGAGAUAUACAGAUGCACCACCGGACUUCUGGGGAGGGGCUCAGGCCCAACUAAUUAAAACAAUGGAAGACAGCCGACUACUGAUAACCACUUUGGCACAGGGACCCCCUCCUCACAGCACAUGGGCAGACUUCCUCCAGCGCCUUCAUAGGGUUUCAGCGGCACAUUUCCACCCCCCCCUGCUCGCUGCAGUGACCACAGAACGUAUCGAGAAGGUCCCCCUCCACAAUGGGAGCGUAAACGGAGUGGAGGGCACAGCCUCACAAGAAGAGGCGCAAUCUGACACUGGGACACAGUUUGGAACUGACCCAUUUCUACAGGCCUUCGGGCCCCAACCAAUGGACAUAGAGGAACCCYCKKYCCCYYYYCCCCCCCCCCCUGACGUGGAGUCAAUGGAGGUGGAUAGCCAGGCGGUGGCUAGCCAGGAGGAAACAGCAGCCCCCCCGGCAGAAAUGGGGGUCGAGCAAAAGCUACAAGCAAUAGCUGAUUGGCUCCUGGAUGGUUUCAAAGCUCAACAUGGGAGUGCCUCCCACAAAUUUUGGGAUCAAACGUACAUUGAGCUCUUUAAUAUGCUUGACCACAGCCCGACUGUACGAGCAGCCCUUGAGCACGGCCCCCCGAAGCACAGCUCCUGGCCAGAACUGUUCCAGCGCAUUAGGCAGAUUGYGUGGGYCCACUUCCGACCACCAGGACAACCCYCGGGGGCAGAGGACGGGGAUAACAGAGCGCCCMCCCCAUCACAACCUCCUYYGGUAAACAAGACAGCRGAGGAGGAGGGGCCGCCAACARAACAGAGGACCRAAAAACUCAGGAAUCUAAUUGUGUCGGGUCGUUACGAGGCUACUCUCUCUAAAGAUGGGGGGGUGUUAGCAAUCCCCCUGCGUUAUGCAGGGGAUCGAAUGGAGAUCGGUCUCACACCCACAGCGGGUGGUUUCACGUUGCCUGGUUGGAGGCGGGUCGGUGUGCGUGCCUGCCUACGCCCGACCAGGGUUUCGUUUGCCAUCGGGUUGCGUAUUUCAGCGGCGCCGCACCGCCAGUGCGUCAAGUGUGGUCGACGCGACGAAACGAAGACAUCAGUCGCGUUCGCCACGUGCAAGCGCCGCGGCGGUGGGUGGACGCCAGCGGUGGUGGGUGGACGCUCCAAUCGGAAUCGCGUCGUUGGACCGGGCUGUCUUCCUGACGUGGUUGCAGGCGUCUUCAACACGUGGCGGCAUACGUGCACGGAGGUGGGCGGUGGUGGACGUCGUUUUUUGUCUACGAGGGACGUGAUGGACGGCUGCAAUGGCGAUGGACCUGCUGUGCUGUCGACAACGGAGAAGACAGCAGUCGCGGCGGCUGCGGUUGCCGUUGUCCGUCGUUUUCAAAUCGAGAGUGCGGCCGGGCGGAUGAAGGCAGCGCUUUCGAGGCGGCGGCAGAGGCUACUGCUGCAAAGGGUGUUGGACGCCCCGGACUGCAUCACCACAUCCCAAGCCGUGGUUCAGCUGUGUGCUGCUAUCGGGAGAGGUUUGCUUCCUCGGGCGACGCCACGUUGGUGGAUGCGGCGGAGAGCUGGCGGGACUUGGGAGGAUUUACGGGUUUGCGAUGACGCGAUGAGGACUACUUCCGGGAAAAGCUCCGCAUGUCGAGGAGAGUGUUCAUGGAGAUCAGCAAAGCAUGUGCGCCUCAUGUGCAGCAGCAGGUGACGUUUUACAGGGAGCCACUGCAGCCGGAGCAGAUCGUCGCAUACGCGCUGUAUAGGUGGGCCACAGGAGAGUCUUACGAUAACAGCACAUCAUCCUUCGGCAUGGGCAGGACUUCCGGAGUUCGAGCCGUGCGCGAUGUGCCAACCGCCAUUUUGAGGGUGUACGGGGAGAAGAUAUCGUGGCCGACGGGGGUGCGGAAACAAGUCGUCCUACGGGCUUUUCUGAACAAGGGCUUUCCAAAUUGCCAUGGCGCAGUUGACUGCACACACAUCUACGUGGACAAACCGGCGAACGCGCCUAGCGAGAACUAAUUCGACCGCAAGCACCGUUUUCCCAUCAUUGCGCAAGUUGUGGUGGACCUGGAUCUGUGCGUCCUUGAUGUGUUUGUGGGAUAUCUGGGUAGCUGCCACGACAUUAGGGUGAUCCAGCUGUCAAGUCUGUCGAGGCGCGCGGAAGAGGGAUUGCUGUUUCGUGGGCCGCCUGUGACGCUGCCGGGAGGGGUGACGACGAACGGAUACAUCUUGGGCGACAAUGGGUAUCCUCCUUCUGAGUGGGUGGUGGUGUCGUACGGAGGAAUCAAUCAGCACCCGGACU